CAUAAAAGAAUUCAAGCAGGGGAGUUUUUCCUAAUCAGAUGCAUCUCUGGGGAGGGUACAGUAAGGGAAGGAAGAGGGUCUUAGCUAUAUCUACAUAGAAAUUGCUGUUUACUCACUGAUGCCAUUCUUUGCAUUGUAAUAACGCUACAGAAUGCAAAACUCCUCUGUCUGAAAUCUACUCUAUAACUGAUAUUUGAUGCCAACACUUACAGUGAUAAAGGCCACAGAAACAAAUCCAGAGGCACUGUAUUUAAAUACAGCCAGUCCUGAGAGGUUCUCUGGUUAAUUUCUUUUCCCUGUACCACUCAUCAGAAGAUGAGUUUACCAACAGUCAUCAACCAAAUACAUCCACACUGGAUCUAAGCCAAUAGCAAGCAGUGCUGUGGAAGUCCGGCAGCAGGGUGGAGAGUGACCGGGGCACCAGCUGGAUGACAACAUGCGGGGACUCCUGGGCAGCAGCUGGAGGAAGUUUGGACAUGCUGGCAGGGGGACAUACGAGUGGUUAACCAGCGAGCCGAGCGUGCCUCUCCUGGAGACCCAGCUGCAGGGCACCCAGAAGGCCAGCUCCACCCAGGAAGACGCCGAGCCCUUCCUGUGCAUCCUCCUCCCUGCCACCGUGCUGCUCUUCCUGGCCUUCCUGCUGCUCUUCCUAUCCCGGCGCUGCCAAGCUGUGAGGCCCCAGGGCCAGGUGUUCAGCAUCGACCUCCCGGAGCAGCGAUCCGCAGGCACAGGCGAGAUGAUGACAGAGGUGACCGACCUCCUGCCAGGCCUCCCAUGGGGCAGCAGCGAGCAGCGCUACCCUUACUCCCCUCUGCCGGCUGAGGGCUCCCUGCACUCUGCGUGCCCUCCACCCUCCUAUGAGGAGGCCACCAGGAACCCUCCUGGGGAAGAGGCCCCGGGGGUUUCUUCUGUGUGACCAAGGGGCCCCUUGGCUGGAUGGGUGAAGUCCACCACCUGGGACGUGGUAUGAAACAUAAACUCUCAGCCUUCACCAGGCCCACAGGAGAAUGGAGAAAAUGGACAUGUGGAACCUGAGAAGGGGCAGAAGGGACCCAAAAGGCCCUGCUGAUCAGCACACCUCUUAGUUAGCCUAUCUAAUCUAACUAGUCUAACUAGUCCAUCUGGUUGGUUAGCCUAUCGUCAGGUUGCUCAGGGACCCACCCUCACAGUUCUCAAGAUGGCUGGGCCUCCCCAAAAUGUACCACACCAGAGAAAAAUAAAGUUCUGUGAGAGUGAAAGAAAAAGGUUUAAUUAUUACUGAGCAUAGGAAGAAGCUCUGAAAAACAAGAAAAAAGAAAAAUUCUGGACUCGCCAAAGGUAACCACUUUUGUCACCAAAAGAACUUUUCCUUGGUGCACCAGUUUUCCUUAGAGCUUCACCUCUGUGUGAAUGCUUCAAGAUAUAGAGAAUUCUGGAAAGAGUAAAUGCCAGCUCUAGCACUGCAGGGGCAACAAUGUUGUAAAUAAUGAAAUGUGUUUCAGUCUUAACAAGGUACAGAGAUUGCAAAUGUCAAAAAAUAACAAAGCUCUCCAAAGUUUCCACCUUUGUAGUUAGUGUCAGUGCUCGUCUUCUGAUUUGCACACUAGAGUGGAAGACGGACUUGGCUUGGCACAUUGUGAGUAUUGACGAUGCCGGGGCAGAAGAGACAGUGGCUGCUAUAACAUAUUAUCUUAUAUAUACCACUCUAUAUCAUUAUCUGUGAUUAUCUUAGCAUAUAGCCCUACUGCAUAAUGUGAUGACACUUGUUUCUGAAUUUUUUUUUUUUUUUUUU